AUGUUUUCUUCAGUUUUUCAAACACUUUUAUUUGCUAUUUUUGUUAUUUAUGUUUUUGGGAAUCCCAUUAAAAAUAUUAAGAAUGAAUCAGAUGCUGUAGCUAAUUUAGAUUAUUAUGGCAAUGGAUAUGAUUAUGCUGGUGAUUGUGAUGAUUAUGAUGAUUAUGAAGAUUAUGGAGAUUAUUACUUUGAUUAUGACGAUUGUGAUGAGUAUGGAUGUGAUUACUAUGGAUCAGACAGCUCCAAUACUGAAGGUAGCAAUGAAGGAUCUUCUUAUAAUUAA